ACAUUGAGAAAAUCAGAAAGCAUGGGGGAACAGGAUUUCUGUUGGCUACCUGAAUUGGCUUAGUCUAUCUAAAUAUUGACUGAAAUCCCUUAGAAAGACUUUUACUAGAUAUCAGAUUCUACACACAGAAUGGAGCUCUGGAACUCCACCUUGGGAAGCAGCUUCAUCUUGGUGGGCAUUGUGAAUGACAGUGGAUUUCCUGAACUGGUCUGUGCCAUAAUCACAGUCCUGUACAUGGUGGCCCUGACAAGCAAUGGGCUGCUUCUCCUGCUCAUCACAAUGGAUGCGAGGCUCCACGUGCCCAUGUACCUCCUGCUUAGGCAGCUCUCUCUCAUCGACCUUCUCCUCACAUCAAGUAUCACCCCCAAGGCCAUCAUAGAUUUCCUACGUGGAGAUAACACCAUCUCCUUUGGAGGCUGUGCCCUUCAGAUGUUCCUGGAACUGAUUCUGGGUGCAGCAGAGGACCUGCUUCUAGCUUUUAUGGCCUAUGACAGGUACGUGGCCAUUUGUCAUCCUCUCAACUACACGAUCUUUAUGAGUCCAAGAGUCCUUUGGCUCAUGGUGAGCACAUCAUGGAUCCUGGCAUCCUUGAGCGCCCUUGGAUAUACAAUUUACACCAUGCAGUAUCCCUUCUGCAAAUCCCGGUUGGUAAAACAUCUGUUUUGUGAGAUCCCACCCCUGCUGAAGUUGGCUUGUGCAGACACCUCUAGAUAUGAGCUCAUGUUGUAUGUGGGUGGUGUGAUGUUUUUGAUUCCCCCACUUGCUGCCAUUCUGGUCUCCUACACGCUAAUUCUCUUCACUGUGCUCCGCAUGCCCUCAACUGAGGGGAGGAAGAAAGCCCUUGUCACCUGCUCUUCCCACCUGACUGUGGUUGGGCUGUAUUAUGGCCCAGCCUCAUUUAUAUAUGUGCUUCCCAUUUCCUUCCAUAGUCCCAAACAGGACAACAUCCUCUCUGUAUUCUACACUAUUGUCACCCCAGCCCUGAACCCCCUCAUCUACAGCCUCAGAAAUAAAGAAGUGAUGAGAGCCUUGAGGAGAGUCCUUGGGAAAUAUAUUCUGCCUUCUCAUUCCAGGGAUUAGGACCUCCCUCUUACAUUUCCUUCUCCUCGUCAAAUUGCACAUUAAUCUAUCUUGAAUAAUACUGUUUUGUAAAUAUCUCUGAGUGAAGUGAAUCAGACUCUGAAACACAAAGUGCUCAUUUUUUUCUCUCAUGUGUAAGUUAUAUCCUAAAUAUAAACAUAUAUGAACAUAUACUGGUCCUGUGUUGAUAUGUAUAAGCAUGUUGUCCGAAAUAUGGUGUAUGAGGUUUACAAUGGUCUACCUCCUUUGAACAUGUAAUUCGUAGCCUAACAAAUGAAUACCAGGAAGCUACAGUGUGUGCAGUAGUGGCAGUCAAAUAGAGAGAACAAGGGUGUGUGAGUAGUCAUCAUUUCAAUGUACACAUGUGGAAAUGGACCUGUGGUAACUUGAGGGAAUGAGGGAUAUUGGGAAAGAUGGGGGAGAAAGACAAAAGUGAUGACAUUGAUCAAGAUGCAUUUUAAAUUGGUAUGUUGAAUUGGUAAUCUGUAAAAAUACUUAACAUAAUUAAAAUGUUUUAAAAUUAUUUCUUGCUGUAGAUAGUAUGUACAAGUACAUUCUAUUAAAUUGUCUUGGCAUAUAUCACCCUGGUUUUGGAAACCUCAUUCAAAAAAUCAGGAAUACAAAGGUUUUGUUUGUUUGCUUUCUUUUCCUUUUUAAUGUUAUUGCAAAGG